CUACUGAACAGACGACCACAGAUCCAGACAGAGAGGAACCUCGCCCGGAAGAUGACAACAAAACGACAGACGGGUCCUUUGACAAGCAAAUGGAUGUCGAGGAAGAGAAAGGACAGGAGGAAGAUACCUGCCUAAUGUUGAAGUAUGACGAGAAGCCGUCUCUCAGACAUGACCCCAGUGACAUCGCUCGCCUGGAGGAGCAGACGACAGCUGUCAGUGUUCUGCCAGAGCAGACGACAGACCGAAAUACGGACGAGGACGAAGAAGUAGAACGACUGAUGUCAGAUGGAGAUGAAGAUGCCGAGAGUAUACUGAUCAAAGCCGACGAGAAUCUUCCCGUCUCCUCAUCAUCACAAGAUUUCGAAAUUCGGUUCGAUCUGUCCAACUACAAACCAGAAGACAUCCGGGUAGUUGUAAGUAAUGGUGACGUCACCGUGGAAGCCGAGCGUGAGAGCAAGUGUGACGGGUACAGCGAAACUGAGACACUGCGAAGGCGCAUUCGUCUCCCAGACAAAGUGGACCAGUCCAUGUUGACGAGUGUCCUGAAUGCAGAGGGCGAGAUGACCAUUCAGGCGCCAUUCCUGUCUCAGACCAUCAGUGGAAAGGAAGAGCAAACUGUUCCAAUUGUUUGGGAGUGAUUUAAGAUUUGUGAAGUUAGUGUCGGAUACACAGGACUCAUGUGUUGAAGUGGUCUGACACAUUUUGACUGAUAUGCUAUUUUGUGAGAAUAUGCGUUUUGAUAUAUAUUUAAUGUCAAAAAGCUGAUGAUAGCUCCUUUGAAAAUGGUAUUAUAAAUUUGAUGGUUCCAUGAAAUAUUAUAUCUCUGUGAUAUCAAGAAUUGAUUACAUUAUCUUGGUUUAGUUAUAAUCGUAUAUUUGUAAAUGAAAGCUAUUGUCCUAUUAGUAUUUGGUUGCCUUGUGAACACUCAUGCAAUUACCUACCUGAAAAUUCGAGAUAUUUCAUUGAUUUCCAUUUUGUUGUUGAUCAUUGUUCACAAACAGUCCAAGGCCUUAUUUUGUCAUUUAUCAAUUUCAUGUAUUUCACCAUGCAUUUGUUCUUGUUCCACAAAGUAAUAAAAUGAAAUCAUGCAUCCAGA